AUGGAGGAAAAGCUCAACAGUGAGUGGGAUAUACCCGAUUCCACUAUUACUCAGGAAGAUGAAUUUAACAUCUUUCUGUAUAAUAAACAUAACGAAAGCAUUUUUGACGAUUAUCGAUACUUCCCCCAUUUGAAGCCUGAGCACGACAGUGUGGUUAAGUUUGAUCAGAACAACGAGGAAGUCAUAAACCAUGCAACAUUGAAAGCAUUAAUAGUUCAGUUAACCUCCCCCGAGGUUAUUGACUAUAAUCUUAUCUGCGACUUCUUUCUCACUUACAGACUUUUCACCGACUCUCAUACCGUCAUGUCCUUGCUACUCACACGGUUAAUUUGGUCUUUGCAGUAUGUCAAUUCCUUUAAAGAUGAAACAGAGAGAACGGGAAAGCUAGUACUCUUGAGAACAUUUGUUGUGUUGAGACACUGGAUAUUGAACUACUUUAUUGACGAUUUUCAAAACGAUUUCGACUUAUGUGACACAUUUUCCACGAUUCUAAAUCGUAUCACAGGGGGCCCUACUCUUAUAAGAAGUAAUAUGGUCUUCGAAUUGAAGAUCAUAACGGACUUAAAAACCCACUGGUUGUCUCAGUUUAACGAAUUCUUUGACGCUAACAUUGCCAUGGAGACAAUUUAUGAGAACAACCUUCCAAUGGUCGCAAGCAUAGUCAACUAUAAUAAGUUGACAAAAUCCACCACAGAUAACUCCAUUCAUACGAACCCUUCAUACAGACGUUCGGCUAUGCUUUCACUUUACGAUAACAAAACACACCAUAAAUGCUUAAUAUUCAAUGAAUCCAAUUCAAAUGACGAGAAUCCCCAGCUUUCAAUCAAUAAUUUGCUCGCGCAACAUAAAUCGUCUAGGACAUCUUUGAACGAUAAAUUGCGUGACUUCCACUCAAAAGUUGAUCGAAAGGAUGAGACGAAACCGGGACCGAGCAACAAACAUCAUGCGCAUAAGGCAAAGUGUAUGCACUUUACAGAUUCGUCUCUCGCUUUGAAGAAGACAGCAGCAAUGCGGGACUCUUUACGAAGCGAGUCGAAGAAAGAUAGUAUUGUAGCAACAGGAUUCUCCACUAAUGGCCAGGUCAAGCUUCCGAACUCAAAGAUCAGUUACAUUGUACCCCCAACCCCUGUCAAGAAAAUGGAGUAUACCUUGAAGGAUGAAACCCAUGUGCCAAUCAAAAGGAAAUCUUUUCUCCACAGUACGGAUUCUACAGAUGUGGAUGGACUAGGAAGGAAAGUCUCAAUCAAGAAAUUCAUGGAAGGAUGGAAAAAAUCUUUCAAUUCGGCAGAUCUUAAAGGAGAUAAAACUACUGUAGAGGCUUCAGGAAGCCUCCACAUACCUGACGCUUUUGAGGAAUCAACACAGAAGGCAAUUGGUACCAGGAUUGAUACCCUCAGUGCUAGGAUAAUUGAUGAAUUAGAGUACAUCAUCAGAAAUUCAAUUGUUGACAAUAAUGGUACUAUCAACGAAGAUGAGGAUAAAGACAGAAUAAGCCAAGCAGACGUGAAUGUUGAGAAUCUUUCACGUGAACCCACAACGAAGUCAGAACUCAGUAAAGCACAAUCGUGCAAGAAGAAACACUCUGAUGACAGUGAAUUAUUACACGAUGGGAUAAUCAAGAGAUCGAAGACAAUUCUGGAUCAUAGAGACGACGUGUCAAUACAGGAUGUCUCAGAACUAAAUAUUGAGAAGAUUGAUAACAUUUUCAGUCAAGAUGAAAUUUUCGUGUCCAUAAAUAUUGAAAAUGAGAGGGACUCCGAUAGCGAAUCUGAAGCGCUUAACGAUGUUCUCUCUGACGAAGAUUCACAGUCAGGAAAGUCCUCUUUCAGAAAAGUCACUAGCAUUAACUGGAAUGAUGAAGGAAAUCUUGAUUUUGAAAAUUCGGCUUCUCUUGUGCAAUCACCGAUUGCCGCAGACGAGAAAGAUAAUACGAAGACCGAUCGACUUGUGAAGAGGAAUACUCAGUACUUCGACGUUAGCUCAGAUUUAUCCACAUCCAAGAAACAAGAAUCACAAGAUAACUCCUCAGUUUCUUUCCCCAGUGACAUCGACCAUUAUAAUGCUGAAAUAGCAGAUUUGAGUGUUGCCAUGAGCCCGCAGUCCAUGAAGCGAACAGCACACAAAAUAAGCUUUGGCGACCUGUUCAAUACAAAUGCAGCCAGCAAAAGAUUCUCGAUGUUUUCGGGAGCGUCAGGUGGCUCUCUACUCAGACGCGAUUCUGCUAAGUCAUACCUUAGUUAUGAUUCAGCGCUAUCAACUUCUUCUAAUCUCAAGACUGACAUGCCAGAAAAUAGCAAUCUUCGAAAAAAGAACGGGUACCAGAACUUAAGAAAAUUGGCUAAGUUAAAUUUGAAUGACUUCAAUGACCAACUUGAUGAACAGGACGUGUUAUACGCUAGCGCUCAGGAUCGUGCCUUGGGGAUCCCUUUCAAAGUUAGAACGACUUCGUUGGCUUCUAGGUCUUCCUCUACAAGAAAAAGUGUCAGAUUUAGUGUUAUAUGCGCUUUGACUGAAUUGCCUUUUAAUGAUUGCCGCGAUAGUGUACUAUUACUCAACAACACCAAUUCUCAUCGCAAACUGUCUGAGAUGGCAGACAGUUCAGUAUUUUCCAGCGCUGAGCACAAGUCGUCUGCAACUAAGAAGGUAAGUGGACAAUCAUCAGCCAGCUCUGUGGCAAUUCCUGGUAUAAGCAGCUAUGUGCUUAAAGAGCUUGCCUCUAUUCCGGAUGAGAAAUUAGACUCGAACAACCCUGUCAAAUUUGCAUUGUACAAACUCGAAGGUAAGGACCAAGAGCCUAGCGAUAGUGCUGAUACAUCAGUGGAAUUGACUCAAAGUGUUCCUAAUUCAGAUAAAACUUCUGGCCCCGAAAGGCCACAAAGUUUUAACGAAGGAAGCAUUGUUUGUAAACCUCAGAGCACUGAGAAUCUUGACGAGUCCUAUGGAAACCAUAGAUCAGAAUAUGAAGAAAAGUCAGGAAUUCAUGAUACUGAGGAGAUUCUUGCGGAGAUAAACAAUGCAGCCACUGAAGAUGCCAUUGAAUAUUCUUCUGAAGUUGAGAAAGAGUUAAGAGACAAGCCAGUUACACCUAUCAAAACACGGCCUAGAACCGCGCUCAAUCCAUCAUUGUCUACUCCAAAUAUGAAUGCCUUUUUAAUGUCCGUUUCCGGCAGUGAGAACACAAGUCCACUAUCAAUUUUGAAUCCCAAAGUGAUAUUGGAUGGUUACUCGCUCACAUCUAAAUAUUUGUCUGUGGAGGAAGUCAUGGAGAAAGGGUCUCAUGUGUCAUUUGUGCUUAGCUAUAAGUCGAAAGACUUGGCAGAACACUUCACCGUUAUUGAACGAGACAUGUUACAAGAGAUCGAUUGGAGAGAACUUGUUGAGCUUCAGUGGAAUAAAGACCUUAGUCCUAUUAACAGCUGGCUCGAGAUUAUCGUCAACGAGACAUACUAUAGUAAGAACAAAGGUGUUAAUUUGGUAAUAUCCAGAUUCAAUUUAAUGGUUAACUGGAUCAUAUCUGAAAUCUUGUUAACUAAAUCCGAGGAGGAAAGACGAAUGGUGGUCUCAAGAUUUAUCCAUGUUGCAUACCACUGUUUAGUUUUGCAAAACUUUGCUUCUUUGAUGCAAAUAAUUUUAGCUUUAACUAGCGAAAAAGUAACCAAAUUGAAGCAAACAUGGAACGCAUUACGCCCAGGGGAUAUCUUAACGUUGAAGAAUCUUGAAGAAAUGACUUCACCAUUAAAGAACUUCAUCAACAUCCGCUUAUGCACGAAUCAAGUUCAACCUUCACGUGGUUGCAUUCCAUUUGUGGGCUUGUAUCUUUCCGAUUUGAUAUUCAAUGCUGAAAGGCCGAAGUAUGUCAAAAAGCCCAACAAGCCACUGCCUAUUGUACCACCUAAUACCCUCUCGGAGAGUUUUGAUCGGGCUCUGACACUUGCCGAUUCCAGUGUCGAGUCUGAAACAGUUCACAUGGACAGCGACCGUCUAAUCAACUUCUCCCGCUUCCGGACGUCUGUCCAUAUUGUGAAAUCCUUAUCGCAGUGCAUAGAAUGGUCGAAAAACUAUAAUUUCUCCAUUGAUGAUGAGCUCUUAAGCAAAUGUCUCUACAUUAAAUCACUCGAUGAAGAAGAAAUGAAUUACUGUCUCAAGAUCAUUGAGCAUCUGAGUUAA